CGGAAGUAGAAGAUCACAUUCCAGAGAUUUCGUAGCAGAGUGCGAAAACACGAGAACAGUUUCCCCUGUCUGCAUUGGCAGAACGAGACAGUACCGGUGUUUUCUGAUCUACAGAGGUUUUUCAUAUCAGACAGUCUGCCUGAGCCACAGUCAUGGUGUGCAUUCCCUGCAUUGUGAUUCCUGUCCUGUUGUGGGUCUACAAAAGGUUCCUGGAGCCGAUCCUCUACCCUGUCAUUUCACCCAUUAUUAAUACAUUCUGGACCAAAAAAGCAGUCCAGGAGACUGGGACUAAUGACCAAAAAGUCAGUGAAAAGAGUAAUGGGACAUACAAGCCUGAGAGCAACGGUGUGGCGACUGCUAAUGGAUCAACUAUAGCAGCGGACAAGAAGACAGAUUGACAGCUCAAAAUGUUAUAAAGCAACAGAAACAGUGUAUAUAUUCUAUUCAUAUAGUAUAGAGAAACUAUAAAUUAACUUAUCAACCUUCGACAAAUGGAUUGGUUUUAAUAACCAUCCAGAAUUGUUUAAAGCUUGUGUUUAAUUUUUUCCAUUUAUAAUGUUGAUAUAUUUUCUUCGUUAAUCAUUAAUUGACACAUUCAUUUGCUGUAUUGAAUAUUGAGUAUCAAUGAAAUAAUUUUUCUAAGUCAAACUUGAAAUUUAAUGAAUGAAUAAAAGAAAACCUUCAAAUAAUAAA